UUUGCGAUAUGAAUGUGUAAAUUUUGGAAAACUGGGAUUGUUACAAUAUAUACUCGGAAAUUGUGACUAAAUAUUAUGUUGUUAUAACUUUAUUAUUAUUCUUAAUAACGAAAAAAAUGCAUUUGAUGAAAAAUGUAUUGCAAAUUAUGUUUGUUACGCUACUUUUUUGCUCAAAAAAAUCGAACGCUUCGAGCCACUGGAUGGUGACAGAAAGCGGCUUAAUUCAACCGAGGCUCGACUCUCCUUUUGAGAUGGCCCGGUCUUACGAUUUACUCUCGUUUUUGAAGCAAGAAUCGCGAUGGGAUGAAAUAAUUAAUUUAUACCAUGAGCUGGCAAAAAAGCAGCAACUUCUAGAUGAUCUUUGGACAGAUAUUGAGAGAGAUACAGAUUUAGGCAUUGAUGUAGGAAAGGAUGAAAAUUGUAUGAGAGCAGGACCUCUAAACAUGAUUGACUGGUCCCACGCACCACUAGAAGACGGUACCAUAAAGAACAUCCCCGAAGAAGAGUUUCACCUGCCAAAUCAUUAUGGGCCUAAUAUUGACAUGCCAGAUUGUAAAAAGAUAUCUUCUCUCACCUUUAGCAUGUUUGCCUAUGAACAUUUAAAUAGCAUGAUAAAAAGGAAUAACAUUUCAAUAACACCAGAAUAUCCGUCUUUGGAUCUCAUAUCUCCUGCAAGUACUGUUGAUCAGUUUGGUCAUUGGCUGGCCGGUGCCUUGCGCAAGAACAGUUCUUCAUGGCUGCAUUAUAAUUUAGCUGCAUUGUUUUGGAGAAUUAAAGGAAACGGACCUAAAGCAUUGGAGUGUUGUCGCCGUGCUGUGUUAUAUGCACCUAGAGAGUACAAAGACAUAGCCAUGCUCAAUUUAGGAUCAAUAUUAUACAGGGCUAAGAAGUAUGAAGAUGCUAUAACAAUACUAAAUGGGGCUUUGGAUCAUGACUCUAUUAACCCCAUCGCACAUUUUAUACUUGGCAACAUUUAUACAUAUUUGGGAGAAUUUAAUAUAUCUCUAGCGCAUUAUAAGGUUGCAUUGAGUAUAAAUCCUAAAAUGGAUAUAGCAAAGAAACAUAAAUAUGCAGCGUUGUGUCAUGUUUACUUAGGUGGGAGGAUAAAGAAUCUCAAAGGGAAAAUAGACAAAUUACGUGAGGAGUUGAACAAUUAUAGUUCUAAAGAAUCUCAAUGGAUCAAAAUUCAAAGUGAAUUCUUGAAAACCAUGAAACCUGUUGAUGGAUAUGAUUAUAAAAAUGUGGAAACGAAUUGUGCCAAAAUGACUGAAUUAACAGGACUGAAAAUAAGUCAAUUAAAAGUGACAGGCGAUAAAUACUCAUUGAUAAAAUACUUUUUCGACGGACCUAUAUACAAUGAUCGUUUGAUGGAAGUUUCUGGAACAGCGAAUUUGGACGCUAUUUAUACUUUACAGAGGAUUGUAAGUCAUAUACAGAGGCACGCAAAUAUGGCGCCUGAAAUAUACGUGCACUUGAAUAAAGUCACCAUCAGCGAUGGAAAGGUUGCUACCGAAGAGGUUUUAGUACCUGCACUUGCGGAAGAAUCUAGUGAUAAUGCACAAAAAACUGAUUCUUUGCCUGCGGAGGAAGUCAAGCCUGAAGUAAAGCAACGCGAACCAGAGAAGAAAGGUUCUACAGAUGAACCACUUACUGAAUAUGAAAGUGGUAUAUUUUUGUACCCAUCGACAAUGCAGGUAAACAGGAACGAAGAGGAAUUCGACACGGAAGCAGACUGGCCGUCGGACGAAGUUUGUACAGUCACAGCACCUAAUUUCCCGGAUAAAGUGGAAGCCGUGUAUCCCGUGUUCUUACCGUUGGAGAAUAAAGGGAUUAGAGUGAAGGAACUGCUCACAGAUAAGAUUGGAGUACCCUUGAAUGUGGAACAUGAGUUACCGUGGCAUCCGCCCACAUGCCCACAUGAUAAGGAAAAGAAGAGUUAUAAGCCUCAAUUAUUGAUGACGGAGGUGGUUGAUACAGACUAUUUAAGGGAAAAAUUGCUUGAAUAUGUCAGUGAUGGAGACAUAGAGAAGGCCAGUCAUAUGCAAGAUGCGGAAAUUGGACAUCGAAUUUAUGUUGCCAUGAGAAAGAGACUGGCUCCCAAAUGGAUAGCUCAAGUACUAGCGUCUCUCUAUUGGAGAGUACGUGGGAACAGAGUGAACGCACUACAUUGCCUACAAUCUGCAUUAAAAUCGGUACAUCCGAAAUAUAAAGACGUGGUAUUAGUAUCACUUGGAUCGGUUUAUAUAGAAAUGGGACACUUUGAAGAGUCUCUAUUGGCCACGGAAGAAGCUUUCAAGAUGAAUUUGGGUGAGCCCGCAACAAAUUUCCUUUUAGCAGAAUUGAAUAUGAUCAAUAAACACAGGCUAACCCAUAUAUAUCAUCUAAAGCACGUGGUACGAGUGGAACCGGGUUUUAUGAACGGUCUCGCGAGGAAUCUACUCAAUGCCUGGUCUUGUAUUCUCAAGCAGGUCAAUAAAAUACAGGAGAUUGAUUUCAGCGAAGGAGAUAUUUGUACACAAGUGGAGCCAGGAAUCAACAUGGUGUGUGAAAAGGGCGGCGAAAACUGUCACAUGACUAAUAUACAAUGUUUUAGUAGUCACGAAAGAACGGAAUCAAGCGUAAUAGUGAAACUUCUAGAACAAGGUGACAAAGCUAAUCUGCCAAAGGAUCUAAUGAACGAGAAAUUCUUCGAGUAUGUCAUUCAAAACACGCCUUCCGAUAGAAAUGACAGGCUCUCGCAUCAAGCGAAUUACGACCAUAUGAUGAAGGCCGUAGAGACCGUUUUGAUGGGAUGCGGGCCUUUGGGGUGUAAUAGUUUACAGCCAACAGAUUUAUCGCUGACAGAAGAGGAAUGUUCCCACCAUUACAUACAACUAGGAUAUUGGUUACAUAUUGUCAGCUUUAAACAAUUACUAACUGAUACGAAUUUAAGGCUACCAUCAGACAUAGUAGCAAUAUCGCCGUCCAACAAAAAAAUCCCCGAUUGCAAACUAAUCACGGAUCCAAUAGAUGACUUCUACUUGGAAAGGCUCAGUAGAAUCGAUACAGAUGGCUGGGAACCGAUAGUGACGUUAACACAUCAGUUUGCUGAACUGUUUAAUUAUUUCGACUAUGUCGCCCUUGGAGCUAAGAUCGCGAAGUAUGUGGAAACUCGGCCGACAUCGUGGGUGGGCGCGCUGACGGCGAGCUGGUGGUGCGGCGCGGGCGGGCACGGCGCGUGCGCGGUGCGCUGCGCCGCGCUGGCGCACGCGCUCGCGCCGCACCACCUCGCGCCGCACCCGCUGCGCGCGCUCGUCGCGCUGCUGCACAUGCAUUCCAAACAACGAGACGCAAAGGAAGUUGCGUACCUCUCGUUCUACACAUCGCCAAAGAGUAAAAUAGAAUCGUUCCUUGUUGCUCUCUCCCAUACGUAUCUUGAGGAAUUCGAUCAAGCCGUCUGGAUGUACAGAUAUUCUCUAGCAUUUGAUGAACAAUUCAAACCUGCCAAAGCUUGCCUGCACGCUACCAUGUGUCUUAUGUUCUAUGGCGAAGGUAGCAAAGGGAAAACUAAGAAAUAAUACUUGUUUAUAAGAAAAAAUAUAUGUAUCCUACCGCAGAAUGAGGCUUCUCGUAUACUUCCAUUAAUACUCAUUAUAUAUUAUAUUUCAUUGGAUUAGGAUUAGGAUAUUUGCGUAAUCGAAAACUGAAGUAGUAUAAGAAAAGGUUUUUAUUACCUUGAAGUCAAGGUCUAAAAUCCUAUGGACGGUAUUGUCUCCGCUUUUCAUACAUUUAAUAAUUAAUAUUAGGGACCUAUAAGGACUUAAACGAUUUUGUUGUUAUUUUUAGCAACGUUCGAUAUUUUGAAUAUCGGUUACCAUUUUUUAUUGUUGUUGUUGAAAUAUUUUUUUUUACCGUUAUUCCAUUUUUUGCGUGUGUGAAUGAAACUUUGGCAAAUGUAUGUUGAAUUUAUUGGAACGAACCGACUUUGAAAUUGAACGUUCCUCGUUUGUAUUUUUUUUACAUUUUUCCUAUUAUUAUUACAAGGUGAAAAUAUACAUCACAUGGGUUUUUAGCAGCUUACAAAAAACAAUUUCAGACAAGUUUGUAGGUUAAGAAUAUAUACGUUUUUUAGAAU